UGUGCUUAAUAAUAUUGAAGUGAAUAUACAGAAGUGAGAUUUUAGCUUUGGCAAAUAGAAAGAGAAAAAUGUCACAACAAAAAUUGUGGUUGAUAAUUAGUGAUAUGCUUAGAAAUGUGGUAUAGAUUGUGCACACAUAUAUUUAGUGAGAGAUGGUGAUUAUUUGAAACAAAAUACAUAACAAAUAUGAAUAUAUUUGAGUCGGUGUCAUCUAUUGCUGGCUGACACCGAAUUUUGACCGCAAAUUUCAACUCUAUAUAAAAAGUUGCGAAAAUGAUAAUGAGAACUUUGGUUCAACGUCAGUGAUGUUGACGCACGUCGCCAGAACAUCUCUUGCUUAACACAACCAUCAGGAGAGAAAAGGAAGAAGUAAGGACAGGCUUGAAGUUAAAAUGCUGUUCUAUGUAACCCGUAAGAACAUGGAUUCUGAAUAUGAAGUAAACACGAAGAGAGGUAGGGCCGGCACCGCCUCCGCCGCUGCAGCAGCAGCAGCAUCAGCAUCCCCUUCGUCGGCCCCCGGCGAGAAAUCCUGCAUCAUAUGUAGUUCCCGCACGCCCGUCUCGGACAUCGCCUCCCCGAGGGACCUGGCCUCUUGGCAGUCCCUCUACAAGGCGGCCGAGCUGCACAAGUUCGAGCCAAUUCUCGAGUUCGAGGAGUACCUGGACUCGGUGCCCGAGAUCUACUACCACAAGAAGUGCCGGGCCAACUUCACCAGCAAGAAGACCCUGGAGAAGUUGCAAGAGGACCAGCCAGGCACUUCCGGCCACGAGGACGAGCUAGACUACUCCGUCGACGAGGACGAAGAAGAGGAGGAGGAGGACGAUGACGACGACGAAGUCGACGACAGCGACAACAGAGCCAACAGGAAUAAGUCGUCUUUAAAGGUAUAUAGAUAUCCGUCAUCGCUACCCGCCUCUAUAUUCCCUCCUUCCUUCCUUCUUCCCGCUUUUAACUUCCUUGUUUUUUAG